CUGGUUGCAUUAUAGGAACAGGCGAGCACAUUCGACUUGGAGAUCAUUCAAGUUCGGUGUCAACCCAGUCGAAUCGAGGUAGGACUGAGGGCAUCUUGUCAGCGGCUCGUCGGACGGAGAAGCUCUCUUCCGUUUCCAUCCACCAAUUCGCCCUUGAGACUUUGGCCCACAGGGUGAUUCCAACAACAUGCCUCCCCCUAAAGCCAAACACUCGAAAAUGGUCACGCUGUUGAACUACCGUCUGAAAGUUACCUUAGACGAUGGUAGAUCUCUAGUGGGGCAGAUGUUGGCAUACGACAAGCACAUGAAUUUCGUUCUCGCAGAAUGUGAAGAGUUCCGGACGGUCAAGGCGAAGAAACAGAAGAAGGAUGGCGAACCGGCACCUACAACACAACAGAAACGUACAUUAGGAUUGGUCAUUCUGAGAGGAGAGACCAUCGUCUCAGUGUCAGUCGAAGGACCACCUCCGCUCACAGCGGAAGAGCGGGGCUUGGCGGCGGGACCAGGGAGAGGUAUCCCUGCUGGAAGGGGAAUGGGUCUUGGUGCGGGCGCCCCCGGAGCCAUGGCUGCUCGACCCAUGGCUUACGCUCGACCACCUCCUGGAUUCCCACCCGGUGUCCCCGGUAUGCCAGCAGGUAUGCCACCCGGUUUCCCAGGUGGGAUGCCACCAGGUAUGCCCCCAGGCAUGCCUCCAGGUUUCAGACCUCCCGGUAUGGCUGGCGGACCUCCUGGCAUGUUCCCUCCGGGUGGAAUGCCUCCUGGGUGAGUCUGAAGAGUGUCUGUGAGCAUCUACAGAAAUUGAUGAGAAUUUCAAGCUUCCCUCCUCGCCCGCCUCAAUGAGAGUAUGCUUUGCGAGAGAGCUGGGUUCGCAAGGAGUAGGAGUUGUUGGACCCAGUCGAGUCGCACUCCUACCAUCACGAUGGAAAAAAAAUGUACCAGCGUAUCUAUUGACUCGAAUGCAUGAUUCGAUUGGGCUAUAUAGAGUCAGGCGAGCCCUGACAGCGCUUGUCAGGGAAAACUGAGACGACAUGGAGGAGACAUAGGCGAUGAUCUAGAG